AUGUUUGCAGACAGAAAAAUGUUGCUGCUGCAUGAUUCAGGCGCCGUGAGCUUUCAGAAUUUGCGCACUGUAGGAGAAAUAUUGCCAACAUUUAAGACAUCAUGCCUGAGAUAUGGUCUUCUCUCAAACCAUGACACACUGGAACAUGCAUUGCUCGAAACUGCUGCUUGUCGGAUGCCUUUACACUUGCGCGUUAUGUUUGCUACCCUGUGCACGUCUCAUUCCUGCACCUUCCAGCACUCCUGCAGCCUUCAGCUCAUUCCUGCACCUUCCAGCACUCCUGCAGCCUUCAGCUCAUUCCUGCACCUUCCAGCUCUCUCCUGCAGCCUUCAGCUCACUCCUGCAGCUUCCAGCACUCCUGAAGCUUCCGGCACUCCUGCAGCUUCCAGCACUCCUACCGCUUCCAGCUCACUCCUGCAGUUUACAGCUCACCCCUGCGGCGCUUUACUGACGUCCCGCGUCCUAUUCCAGCACCCGCUGACGACUUUAUCCAGUGCCCACUGA